UCCCGUCCGACGAACAGUCUUGCAAAGUGCUCUGAAGUGUUGAAGGUCUAUUUUCAAUAUAAUAUUUUAUCUGAAAAUAACUAAAAUCCCAAUUGAAAACAUACAGUUUUUUACAUUUGCUAAGAAUAUAAUAUACUGUCUGGUUGUAUAAUUUCUAUUUUCAUAAAUACACGACUAUUCAAUAAUGAUCCGUUGUCAGAUUUACGCGAUGGUCGUCUUUGUAUUCGGGUGUCUCGUCUUGUUACCGGACCACAGCAAAGCUAUCAAUUGUUGGGUGUGCUCCACGGACACGGAUCAACGGUGCAACGACCCAAUGAAUAUGACCAAAGGUGCGAUCGAGGACUGUAGCAGAGCGCCACAUUCGGCUUUCUUGCAGCCAGUGUGCAAAAAACAAAAACAAAGAGUGAAUGGCGAGUUGCUGAUAAUUCGGUCGUGUGCUUGGGCGUCGGACAGCCGGAGCGACGACGGCCCAUGCGCCAUAAAUACCCCUGCGAAUAUACGCAUCGAACACUGCAGCACGUGUGACCAGGACCUUUGCAACGGCGCGAUAGUGAUUGGAGGCUGCACCAUAUUCCUGACCACCGUUUUGGCGAUCGUGACCCAUCUUGUUACUUAUUAACAUCAGCUUUUUUAUUUAAAAACGCGCCCUUUUCUGCCUUAACAAAGCGGUCAUACUAUACUCAUGUAGGUAUAUGACACACAUUUUUAAGUACAUAAUAUAUAUAAAUAUUAUAUAUAUACACUGUAUGUUUAUAUAUAUUAUAUUAUUUUGAUUUCUUUGAUAUUAAACAUCUCUUUUUUUAUAAUUAUUGUAACUAUAUAUUAAAUUUAAAAAAAGUAUAAUUUUAUUUAAUUUAAAAAGGUAACAUAAUUUUAAUUAUAAGGAAUAUUAUGAUUUAUAUAUAUAUUAAUUACAAUCUUAACGAUAAAAAAUUAUAAAUGGUUAUUAAGAAUUACAUUUUUAUAAUUUAUCAUUAUACGCCUAUUUUCUUAUUUUCUUUCGCCCUUCACCCCCUCCCUCUAUAUGGGGUCGGCCACCCUCGUCCUAUAGAUCCAUAGAACUUUUUCUCCCCCCAUUAUAUAUUUAUAAUUGCCUAUUAUUUAAAUGUUUGUUUUGUUAUUUAAUGUGUUUGUUAAUUUUAUUUAAAAAUCUAAGUACCUAUCACCUUUUUUUUGAUGCGUUUUAUAGGAUUACUUAUGUAUUUUGUAUGAUUAUCAAGUAGGUAUAGGAUAAGUGCGCUGUUUUCAUACUUUAAAAUGUACCUAAAAGUAAGUGUAUUGCAUUUUUUUUAUUUUUUAAUAAAACUAUCUACAUAAUGUUAUACUUUAUUU